AUGGAGACUCUUGUUAGAUGCGGAGGUGGCGCGGAUGGCGAUGUGGAGGAUGAGGAGAAUGGAGACACAGGUCAUGACCCCCUUGGACCGGAUCCCUCCCGGCAGUCCGUUGGACGCCUGUUUGAGAUGCGCAUCUUAACCAUUCUUGGGGUCAUGGCUACCCCCAGUGUUCUUACCUUUGACACUGAGGGCCGUGCUAUUGACUUUGAGGUCUGGGUCGAUGACCUCGAGCUGUUCCUCCAGUGCGAUAGGGCAGACGGCCUCUCUCUGUUCGACCUCACCUCUGGUGCCUCCCCUGCCCCGCCUGCUACUGCUGACAGCACUGUUCGCUCACAGUGGGCGACACGCGAUGUUGCUGCCCGUCUUGUUGUGCGUCGCCACUUACCGACCACUGAGCGUGCACACUUUAGCCAGUGCAAGAGUGCUAAGACCUUGUACGACGCUGUAGUUGCACGCUACUCUUCCCCUGCCACUGCUGCACUGAGCCGCCUCAUGCUACCGUACCUCUUCCCUGACCUUGCUGCCUUUCCCACAGUUGCUGACCUCAUUACGCACCUCCGCACUAGUGACACUCGCUACCGCGCUGCACUUCCUGCUGAGGACCACUUCCUCUCAGUUUGCCCCACCACUCUCACCGUUGACCUCCCCGAGAAGGGCCUCCUAGCAGUAGAGACGAGCAUAGUCACUAUAGGAGCCUCUCGUGGUGACCCUCGCACCCCCGUCUUUGAGGGGUGUUCUCCCUCCCCCCUCUUGCCCUCUGUUGCGUCUGCUGCUGCUGCCGACCUCGUUGGUUUCUACGGGGUCGGCGAUGCGUCUGCCCCUAGCGGGAGACGCCGCACCGACAAGGGCAAGGGCGCUGGAGGGGCUAGCGGGGGCGGUGGAGGUGGUGGUGGAGGUAGUAAAGGGGGUGGGGGUGGUGGUGGGAGUGGUGGCGGGGGUGGCGGCGGCGGUGGCAGCAGUGGAGGCAGCGGAGGCAGCGGUGGUGGGGGAGGGAGCGGAGGCGGCGGAGGUGGCGGAGGCGGCAGAGGUGGCGGAGGCGGCGGAGGCGGUGGCGGUGGAGCUGGUCGCGACUCUGCGCAGAGGAGUGGGUCCGGUGGUGGUCCGCGCCAGCAGCAGCAGCGCGGUCGUGAGACCCUGUCCCCUCAGCAGCUUCGUGAGUGGUACGCUGCGCGUCAGCGCGGUGGGGGUACUGGUCCCUACACUUACGUCCUCCGUACCGGCGACCGCGCUGGUGAGCAGUGCGGGGGCUUGCACUCCACCCAACGCUGCUUCGGCCGCCUGACGGACGCGUGGCGUCACCAGUUCCCUGAGGCGUCAGAGAUCCCUCGCUGGGGAGAUCUGUCUAGGGCGGGGGUUGCCAUCUUUGAUCUUGACUAUGAUGCUAUCCUUGCUACCAUGUAUGCUGUGACUACUAGUGUUGAGGGUGUGUCCUAG